AUGGAUCAUCACAACUCACCUAGUGGCUUUCAUGUCCGCGAUGCCACUCUUACCGAUGUCGAGGAUCUCACCCGGCUCUGGUACUCAUCAUUCAAUACCUCACACAGAUUCUGGGAUGUCAUGACUCCAGAUGAUCCUGUCACUCAUCAGUGGUGGAAUGACGUCUGGACCAUUGGUGUAAAAGCCGGUGCAAACAUCUUAAAGACCUUCGUCGUUGAGGAUUUGUCACAAGAGAACAAACUCGUGGCAUUCGCCCGAUGGAACCUGCCUCAAGCCGACGGGACUCAAGAUAUACCCUUGCCGGCAUAUCCAUCACAUUGGGAUGCUGACCUGACAGAGGCGUUAUGGGGCGGCAUGCCGAGAAAUAGGGCGGCUGUCAUGGGACAGCAACCUCACUGGAUGCUGGAGUUUCUUGGUGUAGAUCACGCCUACCAACACAAAGGUCUCGGGUUCUCUCUCGUGGACUGGGGCUGCCGGCAAGCCGAUGCUGCAGGCCUGGAUGUUUACCUUGACGCCACUAUCAAAGGCCUACCCUUCUAUAAGAAGUACUUCGGAUUUCAAGAUCGGAAACUCCUCAGCAUCCCUUCGCACCCGGAAACAUUUGGAAACUAUCACUUGAUGGCUGUCGUGCGGCCAGCCCAGGUGCUUCCUCCUGUGAUAAGUGGCGAUGAGAAGCAUGCUGUUGGCACUAGCGCCAUUGAAAUUGUUGAGCUUGCUUGA